ACCCCCCUCGCAAAACCCCCUCAUGACAACCCCACAGUUUUUCUUCCCCGCUCGCAGGUUAUCCAUCAAAGGACAAAUGCUCCAAUUCCAAGGCAAUUCGCUAUGGAGGACGAGAGAACUUCCCCUGGGAAAGUGAGAAAGAAGUCUACUCCCGCCAACCGGAAGUCCCUAUCUUGCGAAUAUUGCAGCAGGUCUUUUGCGCGUCUGGAGCAUCUCCAACGCCAUCUCCGCACACAUACAAAAGAAAAGCCCUUUUCAUGUGACAUAUGCUCCAAAUCUUUUGCAAGAAGCGAUCUGCUCGUACGACAUGAGCGACUAGUUCAUCCAGCGGAGGCAGCAGCCAAUCGCGAACAUCGAAACAAUAGCAAUCAUGAUGUCCCUCAGACCCCGUCAUCCAUUAUACAACCGACCCACCAAGAGUCGCGCAUGCUAGAGCUUGCAGAUGCCGUUCCCGUGCAAACACAACCAGUUCCGCAGCCCCCACCAGAGGUGCAGGUCCAAGCUCCUCCAAUAGUCGAAACAACUCAUUUCAAUCCAUCCUGGGGGUACGAUCUAAACUUGCUCUCUCAUGCUGCUAGUCAUGUGGCUCUUGAGGGCCAGCAGGAAAGCCUCGAGUCGAUGCGUAAACCCUCACAGAACGUAGGCCCUCCCCAGCCGUUAUCUCAGGUUCCGGAGAGAGCGAUCACAGACAAUUAUGGUGUUGAACCUUCUUUCCUGGAUCUCACAGACCUAGGUGACCCCGUCCAAGACUUUACCGUCUUCUUGGAAAGCGUUGGUCUUUCCUCUGAUUGGGACUCUGGCGUAUUCUCAUCGGUGGAAGAGCCUAUGUUGACGGCAAAUAUCCCAAUUGACUCAAAGCCACCUAUUCGCGAAAGUGCGAGACUUGGGGCAGAGAUGAUGAGUGACCCGCGUGGCCCAGCUGACGAGCCACCGUCUUUUUCUAAUUUUGGAUCUCGGCUACCAUCUCUACAGCCAGAGCCGCAAGACGUUGAUGAUCGUCUUGUGUUUGGUGACGAAGGCCCACGUCCAGCUUGGGAUAUUUCGAAUACAGAUCGUCAAGUCUUUCUCUCAAAACUCGAGGAAUUUGCUUAUAUUCUCCCCAAGGGCUUUAUCCCACCAUCAAGACAUGCUCUGUCGCGCUUCUUCGCUGGCUACAUUAACGGACUAAACGAACACCUCCCAUUCCUUCAUGUACCGACACUGUCGGUCGCAAAAUGCUCCCCUGAGCUCACCCUCGCUUUAGCAGCCGCAGGAUCUCAUUACCGGUUUGAAAACAAUCGAGGGAUCGAGCUUUUUCAUGCCUCGAAAGCCAUUCUUCUGCAGCGCCUACAGAGAAGGGAUAGCAAGCAAGUACAAUGCCCUUCGUGGAAUUUUGUCUCUCCACCAUCCGGUUUUCACGAUUCGAGGGGCUCCUCUACCCCUUCCAACAAUGCCAAUAGCCCGUUUCAGCAACAUCAUAUCCCGCAUCCGGUCGAGUCGCCCUCGGGCUACGCACCCCAAGAUUCGGACGCUCACAUGGAAGUAAUCAGGACCUUCCUACUGCUCACAGUGUUUGCUUCUUGGGAGAAACAUCCUGAACUAUUGCGGGAAAUUCUUUCUCUUCAGAGCACGUUGGCUCGACUUGUCAGAGAGCAUGGACUUACUGAGCCACCCCCUACUGAUCCCAACAACUGGGAAGACUGGGUACGAAGAGAAGGUAAUAGGCGGACAAAGUUCAUCGUAUACUGCUUCUUUAAUUUACAUUCUAUCAUGUACAACAUACCCCCGUUGAUUCUGAACGCAGAGCUGAAACUAAACAUGCCAUGCUCACACGACGUUUGGAAAGCCAACAACGCAACCCAGUGGCGGCGGGUCAUGCGUUCACGGCAUGGACCGGAAGUUUCAUUCCAGGAAGCCUUCGCUAAGCUAUUCGUCAAGUCCAAUCUAUCAAAUUCGUCGACGCCCAUAUCACCGCUUGGGAAUUAUAUUCUCAUACAUGCCCUUAUUCAACAAAUUUUCUUUGCCCGCCAGCUUUGUUUGUCUGCACCGAUGAUGCAAGGCACCAGCCUGAGGCAGGAAGAUUUGUCCACCUUGGACAAUUCUCUGAGUGCUUGGAAAGCAUUGUGGAAGCGCACGCCAGAAUCGAGCAUUGACCCUCAAAACCCGGCAGGCCCAAUAGCAUUCACGUCGACUGCCCUUCUUGGGCUCGCCUAUAUUAGGUUACAUGUUGAUUUAGGUCCCUGUCGCCGCCUCAUUACCCAGGACCCGAUCCAGAUCGCCAGGGCUCUCGGUGAAUCUCCACCUGUAGCACGGAGCCCGCGCCUCAUCAUGGCUUUACUGCAUUCUGCGCACGCACUUUCCAUCCCUGUCCGCCUCGGGAUAGACUUCGUGGCGCGAACCCAUUCAUUUUUCUGGAGUAUUCAGCACUCCCUUUGUAGCCUGGAAUGUGCAUUUCUUUUAAGUCGGUGGUUACUUUCCAUACCGGUGACGCAGGCUGAACAAAGACUGUCAGAGCAUGAGCGAAAGUUGCUCUUAUGGAUUAAAAGUAUGAUGGAUGAGACUGACAUGGCCGUUGAUCCGCCAGGCGCACCCGAUGUAGAAUUUCUGGCCAAUCCCUACAAGGCAAAGCAACUCAGUAUUGCUAUUGUACGAGUAUGGGCGAGGACAUUCAAAGGGAAUACAAGUUGGGCGAUAGUGGACCUGGUCGGGUCGAGCUUGGAAGCUUAUGCAGAUCUUCUGGAAACGCAGCUAUGAUGAUCUUCCCUGGUUUUAUACACGCGCUAACCUCGUGGGAAGUUUGUGUUGGAGUAAAGCACUUUGCAGGACAUUGGUAGCUUAUCCGCUACAGCACAUGCCCUGGUAGCUGCAAAACGCAUGUUUCCCUGCUCUAUUUGCCCAUCGGCUGGUGAUGUCUAUGGAUGAACACUGGCCAGCACAAUGCAGCAGGUCUUCGCCAGU